AUACUCGGCGCGUCAGGUCUUUCUGCGCCUAACAGUGCACAAUCCCGGCCGAGCCAAAUGAUGGGAAGCCCGCUUGUCUACGAUGGGCUUUGGCGGUGUCUCUGCCCCUCUGUGGGCUUGAAGACGCUCACCAAGGCCCUACGGCGCCCUCGAGUACAGCCGAUCGCUGCUGUGCACCGAGCCACUUUUCGCGAUCACUUCCAGCGGCGGCACACCAGCACCGGCAUCUCGAGCAAGCGUGAUCCAGCAGAAUCCACCGACUCCGGAUCCAGUCAUUUCUCUCGAACGCGCCGACAAUACCUGGACCGAGCGGACAAGCGCGCACCAUGGCUCAACAAACUGUUGUCCAUCAGGCCCGACGCUCCGCCGGAGCAGCUCGACGGGUUCUCGACACAGCAUAUAUACGAUGCGCUGAAAGAGCUACAGAACAUGGAGGGAAGCUAUCGUACGAUAGUUACACUGGUGGAGUUCCUCAUUAGGGUACGGAAGGAGGCGCCCAAUGCGUUGCUCUACGAGGCCCUCAUUCGUGCCAAUGUCGACCCGUUCCUGGGCUCGGCCAGAGUCGCAAAGGCAUUGUUGACGGAGAUGUCGAAUGCUGGCAUCUCCACAACUCCCGCAGUCUACAAUGCGGUUCUUCAGGUCACAGCGAUUCAUCCCGACUAUAUCCUCCGCUCCAGAGCACUCCUCGAUAUGAAGCAUCGGUGGUACAACCUCACCCUCGACGAUCGUAUCAGCGUCAUUCUCGGGCUAUUACGUGACGGGCAAUAUGAGCUCGCGCUGGAGAAUUUGGAGGAGCUGUCGAAGAGUCCCGUCAUUAUCCCGCCCUGGUUGUUCAGCAUCUUCCUGGUCAAGUUUGGCGAGCUCGGCUUCCACACCGAGAGCUUCCAGCUGCUGCAGCACGCAGUCAAGAUCCAUAAUGCACAGCGCUCCCUACUUUCGUGGGCUUUCCUACUGGACGUGUACAGCAGAGAUGGCUUCUACGCAGGCAUCACGUACAUUUGGGAGAGGAUGGUUGCGCCAGGCCGAUUGAGCCCCUCAGAUGGCGUUGUUCUGCAGGUUCUCAAUGCUGCAUCGCGGCAAGGCGACGUAGGACUUGCAACAACUGCCGUUCAGUUAUUGACAGAACGAGGCCGCAAGCUCGGGAUGCACCACUAUGAAGCUCUAAUGGAGGCGAGCCUCAAGCGCAAUGACCUGGAGAAGGCACUCACCGUAACAUGCCUCAUGAGCGGCGAGGGUCUCGCCGUCGAUGCGUCCAGCACCAGGCCCAUCUUCCUCACCCUGCAGGAUUCAGAGACGGACACGGAUCGGGCUCUGCAAAUUCUCGGCAAGCUUCGUGCCCAGAGAAGCGUUCCAAUCGCGUCAUUCAAUGUCGUUCUCGAGGCUAUCAUCUCCCAGCGGGGUUUCCAGGCCGCGUUGGACGUGUAUCGUUCGGUGCGGAAUUUCAGCUCAGACCUGCCGGACCUGAGGACAUUCCACAUCCUGCUUAGCCGCUGCACCAAGGAGACUUCGCGGAACUUCAUCGUUGCCGAAAUGGAGUCUUUCUCCGUAAAGCCGAAUCGGGCCACAUACAACCGGCUGAUCCGCAUCAGUGCGCGACAGCAGAACUACGAGGCAGCCUUCCGGUAUCUUCAAGACAUCAGGGAGCUGCGCAAGCCGUCGGAGUCGCUCAGUAACGGGCCUUGGAUGGGCCGGGCGACGGCUCUUGAACUGAUCAAACGCUGCAUUCAGAAUCACGACCCUCGGGCGCAGGAGCUGCUCGAGGAGAGCCGGGCUCGAGGGAUGGGGCUGGACGCGGAGCUCGAGCAGUUCGUCUCUGGCUUCCAGGGCAAUCUGGGUGGUGAUGCAAGCGUUGGCACACAGGACCCUGCAUCUAUCGAGGCUGUAGGCCGGGCCCAUUCCUUAGCUCACAGGGACCCUGGGACGUUGCGUGCGUUGAGCGCAGUGGCCUGAGUACCGUGGCCAUAUGUUAUUUUCUGCGCAAAAGGAAAUCCUCGCGGAGUCUUGUACACGUCAGGCCGUAGAAGACCUUCGUAUCUACCGAAUGCUCAAAACCUGAGACUUCAUGCUAGCCUUGUUUCGUAAUCAGUUUGCGGCCAUGUGCCCAAGUCCAAUCGUGAGGGGGACGCAAGCUCUUGAGAUUUUUUAGUCUUUACAGCGGCCUGUGAACAAGUUGGAG